GCAAUCCACAAAUCACCGAACGAUCGAAAAUGAAACCAAACCUGAAGCGGUUUCUCCUUUCACUCUCUGAUCAUUAAGUGCUUGUUAUCCGCAGAAGAGGUCCACUCAGAGCCUGCCUGUGAAAAGUCAACUAAUAAGCAUCAUGUCUAGUGGCACUGUUUCAAUGCGUGAACCAAUCUGUCUGGUUGAAAACGAGCAGGACGGGAACCUGCGCACCGUGCCAGAGGCUGUAGAGAUCCUGAAACAGAUAGAUCAGCCUGUGGUUGUUGUGGCAAUAGUGGGUCUGUACUGCACUGGGAAGUCAUACUUGAUGAACAAGCUGGCUGCGAAGAGAAAGGGAUUUGCCCUCGGAUCCACCAUACAGUCAAAGACGAAGGGCAUAUGGAUGUGGUGCGUCCCUCACCCGAAAAAAGUGAACCAUACCCUGGUGUUGCUGGACACCGAAGGGUUGGGGGAUGUGGAGAAGGGAGAUACGAAGAACGACAACUGGGUCUUUUCUCUGGCGGUCCUCCUGAGCAGCACGCUGGUGUACAACAGCAUCGGGACCAUUGACAAUGAUGCUCUGCAGCGGCUUCACUAUGUGACGGAACUGACGGACCACAUCAAGGUGAAAUCGCGGCCCGGGGACGAGGACGAGUCCACUGAGUUUAUGCGCUUCUUCCCCUCCUUCGUGUGGGCCGUGCGAGACUUCACCUUGGAGCUGGUGCAUGAUGGGAACCAGAUAACCGCUGACCAAUACCUGGAAAAUGCUCUCAAGCUGAAAUCUGGGCAUUCGAAGCAAACCACGGACUACAACAUGCCACGGGGCAGCCUCCGGAGCUUCUUCCCCACCCGGAAGUGCUUUGUGUUCGACCGUCCCGCCAAUGCAGAGAAGAUGAAGCACAUGGAUGACCUGAGCGACGAAGACUUGGUGCCCUCAUUCGUGGAGCAAGCCAGGAGCUUCUAUAAUCACAUCAUGAGUGAAACCAAAACCAAAAUCAUGAAAGGGGGCUAUUAUAUGACUGGCAGAAUGCUGGGGAACCUCGCAAAGGUGUUUGUGGACGUUAUCUGCAGUGGUCAGGUUCCCUGCCUGCAAAAUGCAGUUGUGGCUCUGGCCCAGAUUGAGAACUUUAAUGCAAUAGCUGCUGCUGUGAAGUCCUACAAGGAAGAGAUGGCCAGUUGGGUUGCCUUCCCAACGGAAACACAGAAGGACCUGUCAGAUAUACACGGCAAUGUCGAGAAAAAUGCUGUUGAGAUCUUCAUGAACCUCUGCUUCAUGGAUGAGGAUCAGAAAAACCAACUUGAGCUAAUGAAACUGCUGCAGACAGAGUACGCGGCAAUCUGCGAGAAGAAUGUUGUUGAAUCGCAGAAGGCUUGCGAGUCCAUCAUCGGGCAAAUAUUCGGGCCUCUGGAGAAAAAUAUUGCAUCUGGACAAUACAUGUCAGUUGGAGGAUACCAGCAGUACCGCAAGGCGUUACAAAACGGCAUCUCAAAAUACAGAUCAGCACCGGGAAAAGGAAUAAAGGAUGAGGAAUGUCUAAAGGAAUACCUGGCCAAGAAAGAACCUGUUGAGCAAGCCAUAAUGACUGUGGACCAAUCUCUCAGUGAUGCACAACGGAAGGAAGAAGAAAAUCGGGCAAGAUUGGAGGCAAUGUAUCAAGAGACUUGUCCUUCUGAGGAGCAGAGAAAGAUCACGGAGAGGCAGCUGAUCGACCAGGAGCGAACCUUCAAAGAGAACAUGAAGCAGCUGGAGAAAAAGUUGGAGGAGGACAAGAAGAAUGCUGCAAAGGAGUUAGACACGGUCCUGAACAGCAAGCUGCAGAGCAUCAUGUCUAGUGGCACUGUUUCAAUGCGUGAACCAAUCUGUCUGGUUGAAAACGAGCAGGACGGGAACCUGCGCCUCGUGCCAGAGGCUGUAGAGAUCCUGAAACAGAUAGAUCAGCCUGUGGUUGUUGUGGCAAUAGUGGGUCUGUACCGCACUGGGAAGUCAUACUUGAUGAACAAGCUGGCUGGGAAGAGAAAGGGAUUUGCCCUCGGAUCCACCAUACAGUCAAAGACGAAGGGCAUAUGGAUGUGGUGCGUCCCUCACCCGAAAAAAGCGAACCACACCCUGGUGUUGCUGGACACCGAAGGGUUGGGGGAUGUGGAGAAGGGAGAUGCGAAGAACGACAACUGGGUCUUUUCUCUGGCGGUCCUCCUGAGCAGCACGCUGGUGUACAACAGCAUCGGGACCAUCGACAAUGACGCUUUGCAGCGGCUUCACUAUGUGACGGAACUGACGGACCACAUCAAGGUGAAAUCGCAGGCCGGGGACGAGGACGAGUCCCCUGAGUUUAUGCGCUUCUUCCCCUCCUUUGUGUGGACAGUUCGAGACUUCACCUUGGAGCUGGUGCAUGAUGGGAACCAGAUAACCGCUGACCAAUACCUGGAAAACGCUCUCAAGCUGAAAUCUGGGCAUUCGAAGCAAACCACGGACUACAACAUGCCACGGGGCAGCCUCCGGAGCUUCUUCCCCACCCGGAAGUGCUUUGUGUUCGACCGUCCCGCCAAUGCAGAGAAGAUGAAGCACAUGGAUGACCUGAGCGACGAAGACUUGGAACCCUCCUUCGUGGAGCAAGCCAGGAGCUUCUAUAAUCACAUCAUGAGCGAAACCAAAACCAAAACCAUGAAAGGGGGCUAUUACAUGACUGGCAGAAUGCUGGGGAACCUUGCAAAGGUGUUUGUGGACGCUAUCUGCAGUGGUCAGGUUCCCUGCCUGGAAAAUGCAGUUGUGGCUCUGGCCCAGAUUGAGAACUCUAAUGCAAUAGCUGCUGCUGUGAAGUCCUACAAGGAAGAGAUGGCCAGUUGGGUUGCCUUCCCAACUGAAACACAGGAGGAGCUGUCAGGUAUACACGGCAAUGUCGAGAAAAAUGCUGUCGAGAUCUUCAUGAACCUCUGCUUCAAGGAUGAGGAUCAGAAAAACCAACUUGAGCUAAUGAAACUGCUGCAGACAGAGUACAUGGCAAUCUGCGAGAAGAAUGUUGUUGAAUCGCAGAAGGCUUGCGAGUCCAUCAUCGGGCAAAUAUUCGGGCCUCUGGAGAAAAAUACUGCAUCUGGACAAUACAUGUCAGUUGGAGGAUACCAGCAGUACCGCAAGGCGUUACGAAACGGCAUCUCAAAAUACAGAUCAGCACCGGGAAAAGGAAUAAAGGAUGAGGAAUGUCUAAAGGACUACCUGGCCAAGAAAGAACCUGUUGAGCAAGCCAUAAUGACUGUGGACCAAUCUCUCAGUGAUGCACAACGAAAGGAAGAAGAACUUUGGGCAAAAAUGGAGGUCAUGUAUCAAGAGACUCGUGCUUCUGAGGAGCAGAGAAAUAUCACGGAGAGGCAGCUGAUCGACCAGGAGCGAACCUUCGAAGAGAACAUGAAGCAGCUGGAGGAAAAGUUGGAGGAGGACAAGAAGAAUGCUGCAAAGGAGUUAGACAUAGUCCUGAACAGCAAGCUGCAGAGCAUCAUGUCUAGUGGCACUGUUUCAAUGCGUGAACCAAUCUGUCUGGUUGAAAACGAGCAGGACGGGAACCUGCGCAUCGUGCCAGAGGCUGUAGAGAUCCUGAAACAGAUAGAUCAGCCUGUGGUUGUUGUGGCAAUAGUGGGUCUGUACCGCACUGGGAAGUCAUACUUGAUGAACAAGCUGGCUGGGAAGAGAAAGGGAUUUGCCCUCGGAUCCACCAUACAGUCAAAGACGAAGGGCAUAUGGAUGUGGUGCGUCCCUCACCCGAAAAAAGCGAACCACACCCUGGUGUUGCUGGACACCGAAGGGUUGGGGGAUGUGGAGAAGGGAGAUGCGAAGAACGACAACUGGGUCUUUUCUCUGGCGGUCCUCCUGAGCAGCACGCUGGUGUACAACAGCAUCGGGACCAUCGACAAUGACGCUCUGCACCGGCUUCACUAUGUGACGGAACUGACGGACCACAUCAAGGUGAAAUCGCAGGCCGGGGACGAGGACGAGUCCACUGAGUUUAUGCGCUUCUUCCCCUCCUUUGUGUGGACAGUUCGGGACUUCACCUUGGAGCUGGUGCAUGAUGGGAACCAGAUAACCGCUGACCAAUACCUUGAAAACGCUCUCAAGCUGAAAUCUGGGCAUUCGAAGCAAACCACGGACUACAACAUGCCACGGAGCAGCCUCCGGAGCUUCUUCCCCACCCGGAAGUGCUUUGUGUUCGACCGUCCCGCCAAUGCAGAGAAGAUGAAGCACAUGGAUGACCUGAGCGACGAAGACUUGGAACCCUCAUUCGUGGAGCAAGCCAGGAGCUUCUAUAAUCACAUCAUGAGCGAAACCAAAACCAAAACCAUGAAAGGGGGCUAUUAUAUGACUGGCAGAAUGCUGGGGAACCUUGCAAAGGUGUUUGUGGACGCUAUCUGCAGUGGUCAGGUUCCCUGCCUGGAAAAUGCAGUUGUGGCUUUUGCCCAGAUUGAGAACUCUAAUGCAAUAGCUGCUGCUGUGAAGUCCUACAAGGAAGAGAUGGCCAGUUGGGUUGCCUUCCCAACUGAAACACAGGAGGAGCUGUCAGGUAUACACGGCAAUGUCGAGAAAAAUGCUGUCGAGAUCUUCAUGAACCUCUGCUUCAAGGAUGAGGAUCAGAAAAACCAACUUGAGCUAAUGAAACUGCUGCAGACAGAGUACGCGUCAAUCUGCGAGAAGAAUGUUGUUGAAUCGCGGAAGGCUUGCGAGUCCAUCAUCGGGAAAAUAUUUGGACCUCUGGAGAAAAAUAUUGCAUCUGGGCAAUACAUGUCAGUUGGAGGAUACCAGCAGUACCGCAAGGCGUUACAAAACGGCAUCUCAAAAUACAGAUCAGCACCGGAUAAACGAAUAAAGAAUGAGGAAUGUCUAAAGGAAUACCUGGCCAAGAAAGAACCUGUUGAGCAAGCCAUCAUGACUUUGGACCAAUCUCUCAGUGAUGCACAACGGAAGGAAGAAGAACUUUGGGCAAAAAUGGAGGUCAUGUAUCAAGAGACUCGUGCUUCUGAGGAGCAGAGAAAUAUCACGGAGAGGCAGCUGAUCGACCAGGAGCGAACCUUCGAAGAGAACAUGAAGCAGCUGGAGGAAAAGUUGGAGGAGGACAAGAAGAAUGCUGCAAAGGAGUUAGACAUAGUCCUGAACAGCAAGCUGCAGGAACAGGAGGAGCUCAUUAAGCAAGGCUUCGAAGAGAAGGCACAGCUCAUGAAGGAUGAAAUUGAUUCCCUCAAGAGGGAGAAGGCUGAAAACGAGUCCCGUUCAUAUAUUCCUGCUAUUUUGAGUGCCAUGGGACAAGCUGCCGCCAUAUUUUUGCCAGGAAUCAUCCCAAAGGUAGCAGGGGUGGGUGUCUCAGCUCUUUCAAGCCUGCUUAAAAAAUAGGCUGAAGGAGAAUAACAGUUCUGAGACACGAUAACCUGUCAUUUGUGCUGUGAAAUAUGUCACAAUCGACACUGUCACCGUUUUAACAAAGUGCCCAAAACUUUGUUUGAACGUCUCUCUUCUCUCUGCCAUAAGGAGCGAGAAGCCGUAAAGUAAAACUAUGAAAGUACAGCGCAGUGAAAACAGUAUCUUAUUCCUAGGUGCAGGGUAGAAAAAGGCUUAGGGAUGCGGGGUUUUAACUCUGAGGUUGUAGGUCUGAUUCCCAGAGUGUGCACUGCUGUUGCACCCUUAGGUACUAAACCUGAAUUGUAUCGUGCUUAAAAUAUUAUGAGCAUAACCUCUUGUAGCGGCAGCAGUAUCAUUGCUUUUUUGGGACAGACAAAUGCAAUGACAUGGAUUCAAUCAACAUUUGUCCUUAACUUUGGCGUACAGGGAAACAAAAGUGUAAGUAUUACACUUUUUCGCCACAAACUCAGUUUGGCAAGUUAGUCUCAGUGAUUGCUAAACUCAGCAAACUAUGUGAAGAGAGAAAAAUUGUUCAAUCACAAAUCACAAUUUGUGAUUUUAAUUAGUUUGUCAAUGUUAAGGACAAAUGACUGAAUCUCAGCUAUGGUGUGGGUAUCAUGCAAAAUGUUUAGCAUUUCCAAAAAUAAUAUGAAUUCACAGCAACAGCUAUUUGUUUUGAAGUAGUUGUUUGUUUUACGGGAUUUUAAUUUAUUUGAACACAAUGUGAUUUAAUCUCAUGGGUUUUUGUACCGAUGUCAUAUGCUGCUGAAUUAUGAGACAUUUGAAUAAUGAAAAAGAAUAAAACUCAGACAUGGCUUUUUGAGCAGCACCAACAAA